AGUCAACGAACACCAAAAUAUUAGCAUAGUGGAACUAAAUCGUCAGGCUUGCUGUACACUACUCUUUUGCAGUUUGAUCCAUCCGUAUCAUGCAUGUAGAUGUUAUGAAAGCAAAGAGCCUGUUUAAUGUUAUUCACGGCCAAUGACGUCUUUGAGUUACUCUCAUAGCUAUGAGACUGGUACAAUAUCAAGAGCACGCAAUAGUCAAGACCCACUUAAGUUGGAACUGUGAAGAUUGCCGGUAUCCACAAAUGCCGGAUUCCACACCAUGGCACCAUUAUCCUGGCCAGUCAAUUCAUGAAAUUUCAUAAUUAGCUGUCUGGUCCUUCUGGCCAACCAACGCGCAGAGCGAAUGUGUCCAAUACUGUAGAGCAAGACAGUUGUGAUAUUGUUAUACUUGAUCGACCAGCCCUUGAAUGUGUAAUUGUCAGGUAUAAAUGACUUCAGUUAUGCACCAUUGGUCCAUUGCCACCUUUGACCGUACCAAAAUAUCAUAUAUACACAUCUUCACUAAGCCAGUUACAACUCUGCAUCUUUCUUGGAGGAAACAUUGAUCAAUAAUUAUAGAGAGUACAUUUUGAUGAGCUGAGACGCAAUGCAAAAGAUGCAUUUUCGUUUUUGGACCAACAUUUUCUGCACAAUUGCAGUGUUAAGUGUAAGAGAAGUAGCAUGUCAAAGCCAGGAGAAACUUUUAAAUGCAACCACCGAUGGACGACCAAGCUAUGUUCUUAUGAGUGCCAAAAUUAAAAGAUGUUUGGUACCAGACUCGUCACAGCCCAUCGAAGGGAGCAAAGUCAUUCACACGUCGCAAUGCAAAGAUUCCUUUGCAUUUUUUAAAUUUCUUGAUACUGGGGCUAUUCAACAUGUCCAAAGUGGUCUAUGUAUUCAUUUAUCAGGCAACAACUGGAGCCCAAAAAAUAGAGAAAAGGCGAUUCUUAAACGAGAUUGUUCCAGCCCGAAAUUCUUUUUUACCUAUACUGGAAAAAGCUUUAGAAUAAAAAACAAAUGUCUUCGCCCUUCGAGAUUCAGACAUGCUGACAACGCUGAGCUGAUAACUUACUCUGGUUGUGAUACGCUUGAAUCAACUUACAAAUUUAUUGAUAUUAUUAAAGAUUGUGAUUUGAUCUGCCUGAAGGAUAUCGUGAAUGGAAAGGAAACCACAAACUCUUUCGAUGAAUUUUACAAAAGAUCUGAAGCGGAGGUCAACUCGCUAGAUUCUUUAUCCUCAAAGUUUAUUUCCACAUUGAAACAGGAAAUCCCUGAACUGUAUAAAGACAUCUUAUCAACCUUCUUCCCAGUUGAUCUAAAGGUUAUUAAGAACCUCAAAAUCUUGGUGAAUCAUUUCGGAAUUGAAAAGAUGAAAGCCUAUCCAUCAUUAUUUCUGGCAACUGCUUUCAUCAGACGAACAAUGGGCGUGGACACAAGCAAUCCCGCUGUUUGUGGAGGUACUGUGCACACUAUUGCUGGUGUACCCACAGUUGACGAGGAAGACGCAAAAUAUAAACUGAGUCUGAGUGAAAGCGAAUUAGCUUCACUUUUAGAUGAAGAAAAUUAUCGAGCCCAGCGAGCAAUUGACAUGGAAAGAGAGGAAGACGAGAGAGCUGGCAUUAACACGACCGAGUUUCACGUAAGUGCAGUGCAGAAACUAAUUGAUCGUUUGGAUGGUAAAUAUUAUCAUAAAUUCUGGACCCCUGCAAGUUUAAAAAACGCAAUGAAAGACUGUGGAUUUACAGAUCCCAGUGAAGUCAAAUUUCCUCCUCGUGGAGAUGGUAUGUCGGGAAUAGAAUACUUGGAAUACCUUUUCUCGAGAGAUUCUGCGUUGCUACCUAAAAAAAAUUUGAAUUUUCCAUGGCCACUUGCUAUUGCUUUGAAUAUUCAGACUUCGCUAAGACAGUGCAAUUGGAUUUGGCGUCGUCUUGAAAAUGGAGAACGAAUUGUUCGAUACAGCAGAUACACAUUUGACUAUAACCUUAAAAACGUAAAAUGCAAGCCAAGCGAUUGGAAUAUAUGUACAAUUCCACGUAUAAUUGAAGAUGGCGGUGUCUGUGGAAGGCAGUCAACUUUAGCUCGAGUUACUAAUCAUUGUCUUGGAAUUGCCUCUGGUGCAAUAAAACAACCCGCUCAUGCAGCUGGCUACACUUACACCAAGUCUGGUGAGGGUUAUAGGUUUAAAAUAUUUCAAGGAAUAACGAACAUCAUGAAUACGUAUGCUGUAUGGCAUUUGAGUGAUGACGCAAGAGAAUCUGGAUGGAAAAUUAACGCAGAAUACCAUCAGGGGCUGACACGUGCAAUGAACCACGGAUACAAGUCAUAUCGUGAUGGUCGCAUUGCAUUGUUGAUUUUCUCCCGUAUUUACGACGCUAAACUACGCCGCAACUCACGAGAACUGCUUGUGGAAGCCUUGGAAGGUAAUCCGCAUAUGAUGGAUGUUUGGAUGAAGUUAAUCCAUGAUGUCACCAAACGGAAUGGUUUACCAGUCGAGGGCGUUAAUAUCUUAAAGAGAAUACCAUCAAAAUGUCCUCAAGGUCUCGACGAAUCUUUCAGAAGCAGACUGAUAGUGCUUGUCGAGAAACAUUUAAGCUCUUAUAUGCAAAUGUACCUGGAGGUUUUGCUCAGAUUACUUGCACCACCAUCAUGUUGCUCGAUUGACAAGCCAAUGUAUUUGGAUAUUCUUAGAUCUGCGUGGAAAAAUGAAAAGCGAUCACUAGUCAAAGAAUAUCUGUUUGAUGGUUAUGCUUCAUGUGCUUCAAAAUCGGCCAGUAUACCGGAAUUCGCCGGAAUUGUACAACAUCAGGUCUUCUCGAAAAUUGAAACAAAAUUGCCUGAAUUAAACGCUUUCACAGGACUCCUAAACUCCCUUUCGUCAUUGCUGAUUAUGAAAGGUGACGUUGAGGUUGAGAAGAGUAAAAGUUUAUUAGUCGAUUUCUUUGCGACCGUCUGUGAAGUGUUUCCAAGAUUCCGAGUUACAGAAUCAGCUUGGGUGGUUGCUCCUCACUACCGCGCAUGCGUGAAAGCACAACUUGAGUUUUUGAAGAAAUAUGCCAAUGACUCGUAUCAAGUCGUGUUGAACAAUUGGAUCCUUCUACAAGAUAAAUCUGCUAAAAAGAAAGAGACCUGGAAUGAGUACUUCAUUAAAGAUUGGUUGCAAGGUAGAACGGGCGAUAUCAUUCCUCUAUUGGUAGGAGUUAAAGAAUCCGUGGAUGGCGGAUUAAUACAUGAAAUAAAAGUGAACAUCGCCAAAAACAAGCCAACCAGUAUGUCUUCAACUUGGAAAAGUCAAACAAGCAGUAAAAAUGCUGUCGAUGGGAAGACCGAUCAUCUUAUCUCGGGUGGUUCGUGUGCCGUGACAAAGACAGAAGACAAUCCUUGGUUCAAGCUAGACCUUCAAAAAUCGACGGUUGUGUAUGGAUUGUUGCUAUCGAACACUGAAGACAAACAAGGAAACAGACUCGAAAAUUUUGAAAUUCACAUUGGUGACAGCGACGACCAGAACGGUGUGACAAAUCCAAAAUGUGGUAAACGUCAUUUCGUACGGCGAGGUGAAACAAGAGCUUUCUAUUGUGAUCCACCAUUGGCUGGACAGUACAUUACCAUCAAUAUUUUCGGCAUUAAAAAGCUCCUACCAAUAUGUGAGAUAGCCGUCUAUGAUUCAGAGUUAACAAGUUACCGGGAGCAUGGAGUUAAAAUGGACGUUUGGAGAAAUGUCCCCACAAGAGAUAUCCAACGAUUGUACGAUGAUCAACGUUAUCCUAACAGCCCUGAUGAAGAACGAAGGCUUUCGACAUUUGAUAUUAAAAAUUUUGGAAAUUACUAUGGAGGACGGCUCUCUGCCGUGUAUCAGCCAUUAGAGACUGGCAAUUAUACUUUCUACUCGGCUUGCAAUGAUGAAUGUGAACUAUUUCUUCGACACGGAGAAAGUGAAGAGAAUUUGAAAAAGAUCAUUUCACUAACGAAAGCUACAAGAUAUAAGGUUUGGAAUCAGUCUCCUGAUCAAAAAUCCACGCCAAUCCAUCUUGAGGAAGGGAAAUUUUAUGAGCUGGUUGCGACGAUCAAGCAAGAGCGACAUUGGAACUUUCUAACUGUGGCUGUGGAAUUACCGAGUGGAAAGUUUGUCGCACCAAUCCCAGCUAAGCGUCUCUUCAUUGACACAAAAGAAGAAAGCAAAGUUAUCGCUUGAGUGACCAAGGAUCGUCUCUGAAAACUUACUACAACAUAAUACUAUCAUUAAUUUACAUGGGGAUUUCACUUUUGUAGUCUAGUUUGAAUGGUCUCUGCAUGACGAAUUACGUAUAAUACUGUCAUUAAUUAUUAGUUUUCAUUUUUAUGGUUUAGUUUAAAUGGGGUUGAAUAUAUGAUAGCAACAAAUAUAC